GUCAAGGCAACAGAUGCAGAUGCCGACCAGUUUGGUGAAGUUGAGUAUUUUCUUUAUGACGGAUUCCAUUAUUAUGAGAAAUCCAAAGCCUUCCAGAUUGACCCACGUACUGGUCAGAUCUGUGUGUCACAAGACAUUGACAGAGAAGAAGAUCCAACCACUUACGAUCUCUUAGUAAAAGCUACGGAUGGGGGUGGGCUGAGUGCCCAAGCUUUUGUUCGCAUCGAGAUAGAAGAUAUUAAUGAUAAUCAACCUGUUUUUGAACAAGCCGUCUAUGUGACGAGCAUCAGCAGUCACACGCAGCCAGGAACAGAGGUCAUCAAUGUUGUUGCCACAGACAGAGACUCGGGAAUAUAUGGCGUUGUCACAUAUGAACUGGUCCCAGGAGAAUUUUCUUCUUUUUUCACAGUGGAUACAUCCACAGGAAUUGUUUACCUGCUCUCAGCUCUCAGCCACAUGGCACGUUCUGCGCUCUUCCUGACUGUUUCUGCCAGGGAUGGGGGUGGCCUUCCCUCUACCACCAAUGCAGCCAUCACAGUAAACAUCCUUCAGACUGCUUCAACCCCUGCCAUAUUUGAGAGAUCCCGGUAUACUUUUUCUGUUUCCGAAGAUGCACCUGAAGACAGCCUGAUUGGCACAGUAAAGGCUAGAGAGCCUCCAAAUUCUUUAGAAGUGGUUUCUUACCGAAUUUCCUCUGGUGAUCCACAUGGAAGAUUCAUUAUUGACCCACAGUUUGGUAUCAUCCGCACCAAAAAACAGCUUGACCAUGAAACUCAGUCUGUUGCGGUGCUCACCGUUCAGUCACAGCUGGGUAACUCCCCUGUCUACAGUAGCACCCAGGUCAACAUAUCUGUGACAGAUGUUAAUGACAAUCCUCCAAUAUUUCUUACCAAAUCUGAUAAGGUAACCAUUUCACAUACCCAGCCUCCUGGCACUGCUGUCUACAUUGCUCAUGCAGAAGACAAAGACAGUGGCUUAAAUGGGGCAAUCAAAUACAGUAUCGCAAGCAAGCAGUCAAAUGCAUUUAGCAUUGAUCCAAGCCUUGGAGUGGUAAACCUCACCAGGACAGUGUCUGCAGAUAAGCAGCAGGAAGCUGAAGACUGUGGAAGUCCUCCUCUGACUUCUUGGCUGAUGUUGACAGUGAUUGUUGAAGACCAGAAGAUGGGCCCCGCUUUGGUUUUUCAAAACUUGGUGUAUCAAGCAGAAGUCAGCGAAGCUACCUCUCCAGGCGCACAAAUCCUUCAGGUUCAAGCCCAUUCACUUGAUCCACACAGUGUUACCUCCAAGCUGACAUAUUCCUUAGAGCCUAGCACAGAUUCUGUUGCAUUUGGAAUCAGCUUUGAUACUGGCUGGAUUUAUCUUCGGAAACGUUUGGACUAUGAAUGUGCACAGAUACUAAGUUUUAGAGUCCUGGUCAGUACCUCCGAGGAUGAAAAACCCAGGCAAAAUGCAAGUACCUCAGUAAUAGUUAAUGUCCUGGAUGAAAAUGAUAAUUCUCCCAUUUUUAUGCAUAAAAGCUACUUCUUUGAAAUGGAGGAAAAUCCAAUUCCCAAGGGUGUGGUUGGCACCAUUAGAGCUGUUGACGAAGACUCGGGAAGAAAUGGACAACUUUCCUAUUUUCUCUUGUCUGACGGAAAGUAUUUCAAGAUAAAUUCCAAUACAGGUGAAAUUAUAAACUGGGUUGCACUUGACCGUGAAAAACAAGCUCACCACCAGCUGACCGUGCUAGUGACCGACCAUGGGUCCCCGAGGCUUAAUGCCACCACAGCCGUGUACAUCAUGGUGACGGACAUCAACGACAACAAGCCCUUCUUCCCUGGGGUGGCACCCGGGCAGGAGCUGCACCUCCAAGUUUUGGAAGGGCAGCCGCCAGGGACACUUAUUACCACUGUCUUUGCAAAAGACUCUGAUUCUGGAAACAACAGUGUUGUAUUGUAUUCAAUAGAAUCAG